UUAAUUUAUGCCAAUUUGAGUCAACAUGUUUCCUUUUACUGUUUCCAACUAUCCCAAAUUCCCAAUACCUCUACAACUUUCUGUCUCUAGAAUUCAUGGCUGAUCAACAAUCAACAUAACACAGUUUUUACAGAAGAACCAUUCACUACAACAGUCCUAGUGGUUCCAUUAAUGGACCCAAACCAACACAUGAUCCUACUAAAAGAAGAAGAAGAAGGAUUAUCAAGUGAUACAAAAGAAGAAGAAGAAUUAGAAGAAAACCUCAAGAAACUAAACAAUUUCUUAUUCAUAUUUGGUUUUCAUCAAUCUUCACUAUUAGGGAUCAUAAUAUCUUUGUUUACAUUUGUAAUUAUUGGUAUUUCAAUACCAGUUUCAAUUUUACUUCUUCCUGCUUGUUCAGGUUGUGAAAAAUAUCAAAUCAAUAAAUUUGAACUUGAUAUUUUAGCUUCUAAAUCUCUUCUUUCUGCCAUUUCUUUACUUUGUGUUUCUCAUAAUCUGAGGAAACAUGGGAUUCGGAAAUUCCUGUUUGUCGAUCGGUGUCAUGGGCAUAUGGGCAAAUUCCGGAAACAAUACAUCCAGAUGAUUCAGGGAUUCUUCCGCUUGCUUUUUAUGUGGAUGUUACCUUGCUUUCUUUUGAAGACAAUCCGUGAAGUUACCCGAGUUAUACAUGUUGGCCAUGAUUCAUGGUGGAUCUCAGUUGCUAUAAUGUUUGCUUUGCUUUCCUCGUGGACUUAUUCUACAAUAAUCUCUCUGUCGGCCAGUGUUUUGUUCUAUUUAGUCUGCAAUCUUCAAGUUAUCCACUUUGCUGAUUACAAUAAGCUUUUGGAAAGUGAUUCAGAUGUUAUUACACUUAUUGAAGAACAUCUUCGGUUAAGGCACUAUCUCUCUAAAAUAAGCCACAGAUUCCGGAUCUUUCUUCUUUUGGAAUUCCUGGUUGUGACAUCUAGUCAAGUGCUGACUCUCUUCCAAACUAUUGGCUAUCAUCAAAUUAUCACUCUCCUCAAUGGAGGGGAUUUCGCAGUCAGCUCCUUUGUUCAAAUUGUUAGCGUAGGAAUUUGCUUACAUGCAGCUGCAAAGAUCUCUCAUAGAGCACAACGAGUUGCAUCCGUUGCUAGUCAAUGGCAUGCCUUAUUAACAAGUAAUUCAUCAGAUGCAUCUCGCAUGAGAGGCUCGAACAGUAUAGGCAACUUUGAGACACUUGUUAAUCCGAUAAGAACAAUACCUGUCGUCUUCUCCGGAAGCGAUUUGGAGUCGUGGGAUGGCAUUAUUGGACCACCAAGUUAUACACAGAUGGCUUCUUCAUACAACAAGAGACAAGCGUUUGUAAUGUAUUUGCAGUCCAAUCCAGCUGGAGUGACCUUAUACGGAUGGACGGUAGACCGGAAACUAAUCAGCACAGUUUUCCUUGGCGAGUUCUCGUUGAUACUUUUCGUUCUUGGGAAAACCUUGGUCUUCAGUAGACAACCAACUUAGAGCCUCUUGUACAACAAACAUGUGUCCUGCUAAGUAGUGUUGUUCCCAAUGACAUGAAGUAGAACUUGAAGGCCCCUUUUCCGGUUUUGCACAGGGAUUGAGAGGCACCUUUCAGGUAACGAGGUUCCACCAAAAAUCAAAACAAACAAACAAGCAGAUAUUGUAAUAAAGAAGGUGAUUAGCUCGCAAUAUGCGCAUCACUAAAGCAUUUAUAGGAUUCAAACUCUGUCUGAAUCAUAUGAAUCCCUUCCAAAUAGUCCUUUGUGUUUAGAUUGAUGAUGCAGAUCGUCUUAUGGCCUAGGCCAGCUAGGCUGUUGCCUAGAGCCUCAAUUUGUUGAGGCCCAAUUGUUUUUUUUUUUUUUUUUGUAUUGUUUUGUUUUUAUUUUAUCAUGUAAGUAGCGUUGUGAUACGGUGUCUACCUGUAUUUUUGUUGAUAGUCAUAUUUUUUGGCUAUUAUUGAAAGCAGUUUGUUUUGUAACUAGUGUGUAUUAAUUUC